AGGGGGCUUUUCUGUCACCACGUGAGGGUGGAGGGAGCCCGAAAAAGGGGAGCAAUCGAGCGAGGGCGAGGAAUCAGAGAACAAGGGGGAGAGAAAUUGAGGGAGAAACAGUCAGUCAUUCACAUAUACACACACGCAUUUCUCAUGUGCUGAGUUCGAGGAUACAUUAGUUAGCUACCAAGAACGAUGCCGACAGUCACCCUACCGCCGAAAGAGAACGCUCUUUUCAAAAGGAUUUUGAGAUGUUACGAACACAAGCAGUACAGAAACGGACUCAAGUUCUGCAAACAGAUCCUGUCCAACCCCAAGUUUGCCGAGCAUGGAGAGACGCUGGCGAUGAAGGGGCUGACGCUGAACUGUUUGGGGAAGAAAGAGGAGGCGUACGAACUGGUCCGACGCGGCCUCCGCAACGACCUCAAGAGUCAUGUCUGCUGGCAUGUGUACGGUCUAUUGCAGCGUUCGGAUAAGAAGUACGACGAGGCGAUCAAGUGUUACAGAAACGCUUUGAAAUGGGACAAAGACAACCUCCAGAUCCUCCGCGACCUCUCCCUCUUACAGAUCCAGAUGAGAGAUCUGGAGGGAUACCGGGAGACCAGGUACCAGCUGCUCCAGCUGCGUCCGGCCCAGCGAGCCUCGUGGAUCGGCUACGCCAUCGCUUACCACCUGCUGGAGGACUACGAGAUGGCCGCCAAGAUCAUCGAGGAGUUCAGGAAAACGCAACAGACAUCUCCAGACAAGGUGGACUAUGAGUACAGUGAACUGCUGCUUUACCAGAACCAGGUUCUGAGGGAGGCGGGUUUGUAUAAGGAGGCACUGGAGCACCUCACCACCUACGAGAAACAGAUCUGUGACAAGCUGGCCGUGGAGGAGACCAGAGGAGAGUUAUUAUUGAAACUGGAGCGACUGGAGGAGGCGGCAGAGGUGUACAGACGACUACAGGAGAGAAAUCCAGAGAACUGGUCUUAUUACCACGGCCUUGAGAAAGCCCUUAAACCAGGCAGUACAGAGGAGAAACUGAAAAUCUACGAGGAGGCUUGGAUAAAAUACCCCAAGGGCCUGGUGCCUAGACGACUUCCACUGAACUUCCUGUCUGGGGCGAAGUUUCGGGAGUGUUUGGAUAAAUAUUUGCGAAUGAACUUCAGCAAGGGCUGCCCUCCUGUUUUCACCACACUAAAAUCACUCUAUCAAGACAAAGAGAAGGUGGCAAUAAUUGAAGAAUUGGUUGUGGGUUAUGAGACCUCAUUAAACAGCUGCAGAAUGUUCAGUCCAAACGAUGAUGGUAAGGAGGAGCCGCCCACUACGUUACUGUGGGUCCAGUACUUCCUGGCGCAGCAUUACGACCAGAUAGGCCAGCAGAGCCUGGCGCUGGAGUACAUAAACGCCGCCAUCGAGAGUACCCCAACGCUCAUCGAGCUCUUCCUCGUCAAAGCCAAGAUUUACAAGCACGCGGGGAACAUUCGGGAGGCGGCACGCUGGAUGGACGAGGCCCAGGCCCUGGAUACGGCCGACCGCUUCAUCAACUCCAAAUGUGCCAAGUACCUGCUGAAAGCCGGACUCGUCAAAGAGGCUGAGGAGAUGUGCUCCAAAUUCACGCGGGAGGGGGCGUCGGCGGUGGAGAACCUGAAUGAAAUGCAGUGCAUGUGGUUCCAGACGGAAUGCGCCUUGGCCUACAAAUCCAUGAAGAAGUACGGAGAGGCGUUGAAGAAAUGCCACGAGAUCGAGAGGCACUUUGUGGAGAUAACGGACGACCAGUUUGACUUCCAUACCUACUGCAUGAGGAAGAUGACGCUGCGUUCGUACGUGGACCUGCUGAAGCUGGAGGACGUGCUGCGCAUGCACCCCUUCUACUACAAGGCCGCGCGCACCGCCAUCCUCAUCUACCUCAGUCUCCACGACAACCCGCUCGCCGACGACAACAAGGAGCUGCAGGCCGACACCGGGAACCUGACGGACAAAGAGCUGAAGAAGUUGCGGAACAAGCAGCGGCGGGCGCAGAAGAAGGCCCAGCUGGAGGAGGAGAAGAAGAACGCGGAGAAAGAGAAGCAGCUGAAGAAUCAGAAGAAGAAGAAAGAAGACGACGAUGAAGAGAUGGGAGGACCUAAGGAGGAGCUUAUCCCUGAGAAACUGGCUAAGGUGGAAAACCCGUUAGACGAAGCUGUUAAGUUCUUAACACCCUUAAAAAACCUUGUGAAGAAUGAGAUAGACACACACCUCCUGGCCUUUGAAAUCUACUUUAGGAAAGAGAAAUACUUGUUAAUGUUACAAUCAGUGAAGAGAGCAUACGCCAUAGACCCACACAAUCCCUGGCUACACCAAUGUCUUGUGCGUUUCUUCAAAGGAGUGACAGAAAGCAAAGACCUUCCGGAAGCAGUGCGCACGGUCCUGAAACGAGAAAUCUCCCGAUUGUUUGGCGAUAGCAGCGCGAACAACUACAACCAGACGUUCCUCAGCAAGCACUCCGACUCCAUCCCUCAUCGAGUAGCAGCUGCCAAAAUGAUGGUCUACUUAGACCCCUCUACAGAGAAAAAGGCAGUGGAGCUGGCUACUGCGCUGGAUGAGUCUCUUAACAACCGGAGCAUUCAGAUCUGCACGGAGGUCCUGAACAGUCUGCGAGACGGUAGCCUUGGCGACGCCAAGGAGACUGCGGAAUCUUACCGAGCGGAAUGCCACAAAAUCUACCCUUACACCUUGGCUUUCAUGCCCCCGGGCUACGAGGAAAACAUGAAGAUCGCAGUCAACGGAGACGUCUCUACGGAAACGGAGGAGCUGGCCAAUGACAUGUGAACAGGAAGAGGGGAGGGGGGCGGUACCUAUCG